AUGGAGCCGCCCGGCCGUGUCAGUGUUUAUAGAAAAGCCGCCGAAAGCGCCAUCGGCACUUUCGUGAUCUUAUUCGGUGCCAAUACGAUUGGUGAUUACAUGCAAAUCAAGGAUCAAUACCCGACGGCGUGGAGCAUUACAAACAUGCUGGUAUUAAACCCACCGUGGCCCAGACAGGCAAGCAAUGGGAAAGUCGAGACUGCAGAGAACGGGAAGAGCUCUUCAGUUUGA